AAAUAUUGAAAUGAAUGUAGUUCUAUCUAUGGAAUUUUCCUGUGGGUGUACAUCACUCCAUACCAAUGGUCCAACCAAUGGCUCUUCAUACUGCACAGAAGUCUGAACAACAAGAUCAGCCCCUGGAAGAUGAAGACAAAAAUGCAGAAGAACUUGAUGGUGAUUCUGAGGAUGGGGAAAAUGGAGAGGAGGGAUCGGAGGAGGAGGAAGAAGAAGAAGGUGAGGAUGAAGAGGAAUUGGAGACAGAAGUUGAUGGUAAUGACAAGGAUGAUGUCUAUAAAAGUAGUGAGAUAGAAGAGCUUGAAAGAGAGCAUAUGGAUCUUCACCAACAGGGAGCAGCUUUGCUGGAGAAGAAUCUGUCAAUUGCUCAAUCUGCAAAUGGUAAUUCUGGGCAAUCAUCUAAAAAGCAUUCUAGUGAUCCUACAAACAGGUAUGAGGAAGGUGAUGAAGAAUGGUUGAGGAUUUCUCAAAUGCAUAAAAGAAUUGCAUCUUUCAGAGACAAAUCUAUUGAUAAAUGGCAGAGAAAGACUCUAGUUACAGUGCUGCUGCCAUCAAAAGCAAAUUGCAAGCUUUUGAUCAGGUUAGGUCUCAUGACUGAGCUGACAUGCAUGCCCUAUAAGAGUUGUGAAAUGAGACUUAUUAAGGUUCUCAUAGGGAUUGGUAAUGCAAAUGGAGAGGCACAACCUGAAGGUGAUCCCGAACUCCUUGAUUAUUUCCAAUUUUACCAGCAAUUGCUGAAGGAAUUUUUUGAGAAAAUUGACCCAACAUCGUCUGUUUGGCUCGUACUUAUAGUUGCCUUAAGGUGUUCUACUCUUGUUCUCCCACCAAAUCCUAAGAAGCAGGGUUUAAUGGCCAGAUUUUGCACACAAUGGCCACUACAAACCAAGAAGAGAAACAUAGUUGAUCGCCCUGCCUCAAAGAGUCGCAAGAUCAGGUAUCAUGUUCAUGAGAAGAUUGUCAAUUUUAUGGCUCCUCAGCCCAUGAACCUUCCUUCCAUGGCUCUCAAGCUAUUUGAAAACUUGUUCGGAUUGAAAACCCGAAAACUUACUGAAGCCUGAUAAGUCUGUUUUGCAGCAAUUUAUACCAGCCCUAAUGGCCCCCAAGUUUUGUAAUAAUAGUUUUUUUAAACAUCUUAUUUUCUGCAACAUUUGAUAUCUUGUAAACUUUAUUUAUGAUUUUUAAUUAACGCACUAGAAAAUU